AUGGCACCCGCUGUAUACAAGCAACGUAGCGAUGUCCCUCGCAUCAGCGACGGCAACGCGACCACCACCAUCCAGACCGCCGCAGGAGAUCAGUACACCGUCCGCACGCAUCUCUUGGCCUUCGCCAGCAAGCUCUUCCGAGACCAGCAGAAGCAGAACCAGAACCAGCCCGUCCUCCUCCUCACCAUCCCCCAAGCCAACACCACCACCAUCCCCUUCUUCGUCCUCUGGCUCUCCGCCCGCUGUGAGCGGCUCCUCCCACCCAACCCCUUCCUCAACGACCCCAUUAUCGACACCGCCAUCACGUCCACCAUGGAUCCGGCCUGGAUCGCCUCGCGCGGCGUCUGGAUGACCGUCCCCGGCGUGCAGAACCUACGAAUCACCGAGCAGGCUGUGAUGCUGCCGGACCCCGACCUGCCAGCUCCCAACGUGCGCGAGCGAGCACCGGCGGGUCUGGACAUCCUGCGACGAGCGGCGGCCGCCGGCGGACAGACAGUCCGGGACGAGUGGGAGCUGGCCGACUACCUCAUGAACGACGGCAACAACGCUGUGAGCGCCGCCAUCCGUGCCGAGAGUUGGGACUCCGGCCUCCUCUUCGACCUCUGGCAGCUCGGAGAGCAUCUGGGCGCUGCCGAGUUCCAGAACACCAGGCAGUUGCUGCGCGUGACCAUUUUCCUCCCCCAUGAUGCUGAUCAGAAAACCAACCUCCCAGUCAUGCGUCUCCUCCUCCUGCGCCUCGACGCCGCCUUCGCCGCCGAAGACAAGGGCCGUUGGGUUGGUGAGUACGCCGCGGUCGCACUCGCCGACCGUUUCCUUGCUGCGCGUGACGUCGCUCGCAGCCCGCGAGGCUUGUACUACCUCCUGGUGAACCUCGUCGCCGUCCACCUAUCUCAGCUCGAGCUGGAAGGAGAGGAACGUGAUCUGUGUGUUGGGUUCCUCGACGAAGUGACCUUGAGCGAUGUAGAGCAACUAGAGGCCGAGCUCCUCGAGGAGGGUGCCGCCAGUGACUUGCUGUUUGAUGAGGAAGUUUAUGUCGUAGUUGACUAG